AUGAGGCUAAUCAAAAUAAAUAAUAAAAAUAUGCAAGAUCUAGGCAUGAUAUUCUUGGUUUGGUUUUCCAUUCCACUAUCACUCCUCAUAAAUUCCCUUCUCCUCUUUCCUUUCCCUAGGUUUCUCAAGCUUUACAUACAAAGACUCAAUCCUCAAAUUUUCACAGGAUUUUUCAUUGCAUCACUUGUGGUAUUUACUAUUUACGCAGCAUUUUUCUAUCUAGAAGAAGAUCAUAUUGUCGGAGAAACUGUUGCAAUCAGACUUGAAGCAAAAGCUAGAGAAUGGAGAAAAGGUCGCAAUUUUUAUUCAUCUUUUUUCAAUUUUGUGAAUUGGGCUGUGGUGUAUGGGACAUUGCGUCUUCGUAAAAAAAUUGAAGCUAUAAACGCCAAAAACAAUUAUUAUUGAAUAAUUAUUUUGCAUAGGACUUUUCCUUACUCCACCCCGUGAUCAAUCAAAAAUCUUGUUCGCUCACGGAGGGGGUUUAAAUUUGUUUUAUAUAUAAAAUUUUAUAGAAAUUUUUUUUUUUUUUCGAAAUUUAAAAAAAAUCCUAAUUCGCAAAAAUUAGAAAGCAAAUAUCAAUUAAAUUUGUAAAAUUUAUGUUUAAAAUGCAAUUUGUUUAAAUUAAACAGAAUUAGCUCGAGAUUUCAUUAUACUAAUUAUCACUUAUAUAUCAAAAUUUUUUCCAUAAAAAAUUCUUCUAUUAAAAAAAAUUUUGUUCGCUCACAGAGGGUGGGUUUUUGGGCGAAAUAGGGGUUUUUCUAAUGGUUUUAUUCGCUCACGGAGGUGGAGUUAGAAAUUAUUUUUUUUACUAAAAAAAGCCCUAUUUUUUACUGCAAAAAAUAUUUUUUAAUAUAUAAAAAAUAUUUAAAAAAAAAAACCCCUGGUAUAA